AUGCUGGAUGGGGCCCUGUUGGCGCGCUGGCCGGCCGCGGCCUUCGGGCUGACGCUGCUGCUCGCCGCGCUGCACCCCGCGGCCGCCUACUUCGGGCUAACGGGCAGCGAGCCCCUGACCAUCCUCCCGCUGAGCUUGGAACCCGAAGCGGCCGCCCAGGCGCACUACAAAGCGUGCGAUCGGCUGAAGCUGGAACGGAAGCAACGGCGCAUGUGCCGCCGGGACCCGGGCGUGGCCGAGACGCUGGUGGAGGCGGUGAGCAUGAGUGCGCUCGAGUGCCAGUACCAGUUCCGCUUCGAGCGCUGGAACUGCACGCUGGAGGGCCGCUACCGCGCCAGCCUGCUGAAGCGAGGCUUCAAGGAGACGGCCUUCCUCUACGCCAUCUCCUCGGCUGGACUGACGCACGCGCUGGCCAAGGCGUGCAGCGCAGGGCGCAUGGAGCGCUGUACAUGCGACGAGGCGCCCGACCUGGAGAACCGCGAGGCCUGGCAGUGGGGCGGCUGUGGCGACAACCUCAAGUACAGCAGCAAGUUCGUCAAGGAGUUCCUGGGCCGGCGGUCCAGCAAAGACCUGCGAGCGCGCGUGGACUUCCAUAACAACCUCGUGGGCGUGAAGGUGAUCAAGGCCGGGGUGGAGACCACAUGCAAGUGCCACGGUGUGUCUGGCUCAUGCACGGUGCGGACCUGUUGGCGGCAGCUGGCGCCCUUCCACGAGGUGGGCAAGCACCUGAAGCACAAGUAUGAGACUGCACUCAAGGUGGGCAGCACCACCAAUGAAGCCACUGGCGAGGCGGGCGCCAUCUCCCCGCCACGGGGCCGGGCCUCGGGGAUGGGCAGCAGUGACCCCCUGCCCCGCACACCAGAGCUCGUGCACCUGGACGACUCGCCCAGCUUCUGCCUGGCCGGCCGCUUCUCCCCGGGCACCGCUGGCCGCAGGUGCCACCGGGAGAAGAAUUGUGAGAGCAUCUGCUGUGGCCGCGGCCACAACACACAGAGCCGAGUGGUGACAAGACCCUGCCAGUGCCAGGUGCGCUGGUGCUGCUAUGUGGAGUGUCGACAGUGCACGCAGCGCGAGGAGGUCUACACCUGCAAGGGCUGAGAGCGCUUCAUCUGCUGGCUGCACAGCUGGUGCUGAGGGCCAGGGUCCUCAGGGCUGUCUGGGCUCACCGUGGCCCCCUCUCAAGGGCCCAGAGGUGGGAGCCAGCUCCUGCCUGUCUGCCCGGCCUCUUGCUUGUGCCUUGGGCCUCGGCUUCCUCCCCUUGACCCGAGAGCAUUGCGGCCAAUGCUUUCUGAGCUGUCUCCCGUUCCUGCCAUGCCAGUCCGGGUGUGGCCUUCCCCCUCCUGCGCCUUAGGCUCCCUCUGAGGCCAGGAGAGCAGGUGCACCUUGGUGACCACAGAGCUGCUGUGGAGAUGGGCAUGGCUUGGGCCGUCCCUGCACCAGCACUGCCUUUAGAGAGCAAACCACUAGGAGAGCAGGCAGCCUGCCCUGUCCCCAGCGCCUGGCCGCCAAUGCCCGGCCCUGGGGAUGCCGCUGUCCCUCUCUGAUGUUGAGCACUUCUCUUCGGAGUGAAUAUCAGUGACUUUUAAGUUAUUACUAUUAUUUAACUAUUAUAAUAAUUAUUAUUUUCUCCACCUGACCCCGGCCUGCGAGGACCCCUCCUUCUCUCCCUAACAUUCACUCCUGACCUUGCUCCCUCCCACCUGCUCUGUCUUUGAAACCACUAAACCAAGGUGGACGCUGGCAUUGCUGUCAGAGGCAGGCAGCACACGGGGCUGCCACAGCCCUCUGUGUGCACCAGUGUGCUCCAGCCAGGGCCCCCAGUGGUCCCUGCUUCGCCCCAUGGGCAGACGGCCCCAAGUGUGCUCCAGCCAGCAGCCCCCACACCCACCAUGGAUGCAGACUCUGGGGCAGGGCGGCGGGGUGAGCCUCACUUGCUCUGUUCCUAGGGGCAGCCCUGGCUAGCAGGAAGCCGCACCUUUUGGCCUACACGGACACGGCUUGGUUUGUGUGUGGUGUGUGUGUGUGCACGCUGUGCUCAGCAGUCCUUGGAGCGCUGAGUGGGCUCUGCUUCUCACGUCAGCGUGGACAGCAGCCUUCGACCUCCGUGGGCAUGGGUUAGGGUCUGGGCAGCAGGUGUGGAUACAGGACUACUGAGUGAGUGGAUUCCUCCAGGAACUGUGUUUUUAAAAGAAAACCUAUUUAUGUUGAUGUCAGUUUCUGUCCCGUAUCAUAAAUGGUAAGGUUUAUUCUCCUGUGGCUCCGAUAACAUCCCCACCAAGGGCUGCCUGGUGCGUGGGGCUGAAGCUGAAGCCUUCUAAGCCCACGCCCAAGGCCUCCUUUCCAGGAAGUGACCGUGGUGGCCUCAUGUGAUGGCCUUGUCCCUGCCCUGGCUGUGGGCAGGGCCUGUUCUCUCCUUGAAUGCCAUGUUGGGCUGUGUCCUCCGUAUUCAAAGAGUGCUCAUUUCACAAGGCAGACUGGCUGCCGCUGGUUGGUCCUGUAUGUGAGGCUUGCUACCUGAGGGCGUGGGGGCUGCUGCUUUGCCUCUUCUGGGAAAAAUGGUCUGGGGGCAAGGGUGGAGCGAGUGUGGUCCCUCCCUCUUGCCAGCAUUCCCGCUGCAGGGUUGGCCUGGCCGCCCCCCUGGGGGGACCUGUGCCUGGUCUGGUGGGUGUGAUGCAGGGAGGGCCCGCCCUUGCUGAGUCUCUAGGAGCCAGUUGAUCGAUUUCUCUACCUCAUCUGCGCAGGGAGUCGGUGUGUACCUGAUUGACUGUGGAGAAUGUAUUUAUUUAACAGCUUUGUAUAACAGAACCAGAAACAAAUGGAAACACUAAAUAAAUGUAUUUUAAGUUA